AUGCAUCAUGACCAAUCCAUCGUCCAUGAUCCCAGAGUUGAGAUCCUUGAACUCAGAAGAAUACAGAGUUGCAAAGGGGAGUUGUGCAAGGCACCAGAGCAGUCACCCUAUGGCUGGCAUGGAUACCUCAGACAGAGAAAGAUCACUGUCCGUAGAAUAGUAACUGCCAGAAUCUGUGACAUCACCAACGAGGAAUCCUUCAACGCCGUUCAGGACUGGUCCACCCAGAUUAAGACCUAUUCGUGGGACAACGCCCAAGUGCUGCUGGUAGGCAACAAAUGUGACAUGGAGGACGAGAGGGUGGUGUCCUCGGAGCGCGGCCGGCAGCUGGCCGACCACCUCGGGUUCGAGUUCUUCCAGGCCAGCGCCAAAGACAACAUCAAUGUGAAGCAGACGUUCGAACGCCUGGUGGACAUCAUCUGCGAGAAGAUGUCCGAGUCGCUGGACACGGCUGACCCCGCGGUCACGGGCGCCAAGCAGGGCCCGCAGCUCACGGACCAGCAGGCACCGCCCCACCAGGACUGCGCCUGCUGAGCGCCGACCCCCGGCCACACCCCUGGCCCGCCCCCACACCUGCCGCACCCCGAUUCCUUUAUUUAUGACUGUAGCUAUUUCUUUCUUUCUUUAUUUAUUGCCGAGAUGUCUCCCCACUUCCCGCC